UUCUCCAGGGAGUGCAGGGCGCACACAGGGUUAAGUCAGUUCCCUCCCUGGUAGGAGGGAGAGGCGGGGGAGGGGAAAAGCAGCUUACUGUCUCAGGGUGGGUACCUUGUAGUUAGUUGUACGUUCGAAACCUGUCGCCGUCACUUGUGAGUUUGGCAUCUUCCACCGUCUCCUCAGAGGAACGAGGAGGGCUCGGAGAUAACACCAGUGGCUGCAAUCUCGGCGCUAGAAGCUCCGCGACUCCCGCCCCGGGUGCGUCUCUGGCCUUCGGUCCCCUGUGUCAAGGAGCAGGGAGGGAGCUCUGCGCCCGCCGCCUUGUCCACUAAGCCCCGGGAUCAGGUUGGCAGUUUUCAACGAUGGGCAAGAGGGACCUUGGCGGCGACCCCUAAAAUAAUACCAUGCCCCGGGAGCCCCGCUACUGCCGAGCCAGCUUCUUCCCUUUCCACCUCCCCGACCCUGUCGGAUUCGGAUGAGCCCACUGAGAGGAGCCACGCUCGCCAGAUUGCAGCUUAAGCUUAACCACAAAGUUCAUAGGCUGAUCCGCACUGACCUGACCGAGCACCGAAGAAGAGAUUCGGCCUGUCCAGUUGUGCCCCCGUUGACCGCAGCUAACUUGGCUUCACUUGUUGCCUGGGUGGAAAAUUCUUCCCUGUUGAAAUUUUUUUUUGCACAUGGAGGACACUAGCAAAGAGGGCCACACAGGCUGAUAAAGACCAGAGACCACAGGAAGAUUCGGUGACCGUGGGCCUUGGAGACUUUGCCUCUGGGUGGAGUUCCGGACUUUGACGGAACCCCGUUCGGUCAUCUUGGCGGUUCUCUCUGGGGUUUUUUGUUUUUGUUUUUUCUUGCUUUGCCUUUUCCCCACCACCUUGCAUUUCACUGGUGUACUUCAGAAAAUGGGCCGGCAGACCACGCGGGGGCCCAGCCAGGGGGCUUUCUUCCUGAAAGCUUGGCUUCUCCUUUCCCUGGGGCUCUCCUCACAAGUGUCGCAACUGCUGGCGUGCCCCAGCGUGUGCCGCUGCGACAGGAACUUUGUCUACUGUAACGAGCGAAGCUUGACCUCAGUGCCUCUUGGAAUCCCGGAGGGCGUCACUGUACUCUACCUCCACAACAACCAAAUUAAUAAUGCCGGGUUUCCUGCCGAGCUGCACAGUGUCCAGUCGGUGCACACCGUCUACCUGUACGGCAACCAGCUGGAUGAAUUCCCCAUGAACCUCCCCAAGAACGUCCGAGUUCUGCACCUGCAGGAAAACAACAUUCAGACCAUUUCACGGGCGGCCCUGGCCCAGCUCUUGAAGCUCGAAGAGCUCCACCUGGAUGACAACUCCAUCUCCACGGUGGGGGUGGAAGACGGGGCCUUCCGGGAGGCCAUUAGCCUCAAACUGUUAUUUCUGUCCAAGAAUCACCUGAGCAGCGUGCCUGUUGGGCUGCCGGUGGACUUACAGGAGCUGAGAGUGGAUGAGAACCGCAUUGCUGUCAUAUCGGACAUGGCCUUUCAGAACCUCACGAGCCUGGAGCGCCUGAUCGUGGACGGAAACCUCCUGACCAACAAGGGCAUCGCCGAGGGCACCUUCAGCCAUCUCACCAAGCUCAAGGAGUUUUCCAUCGUGCGGAAUUCGCUCUCCCACCCGCCUCCCGACCUCCCGGGGACGCAUCUGAUCAGGCUCUACCUGCAGGACAACCAGAUCAACCACAUCCCCUUGACGGCCUUCUCCAACCUCCGGAAGCUGGAACGGCUGGACAUAUCCAACAACCAGCUGCGCGUGUUGACUCAAGGGGUCUUUGACAACCUCUCCAACCUGAAGCAGCUCACGGCUCGGAAUAACCCUUGGUUCUGUGACUGCAGCAUCAAAUGGGUCACGGAAUGGCUCAAACACAUCCCGGCAUCUCUCAACGUGCGAGGCUUCAUGUGCCAAGGUCCUGAGCAGGUCCGGGGGAUGGCAGUCCGGGAGCUGAAUCUGAAUCUCUUGUCCUGUCCCACCACCACCCCCGGCCUGCCUCGCGUCACCCUGGCCCCAAGUCCAGCUUCUCCCCCCACUCAGCCUCCCACGCUCUCUGUCCCCACCCUGAGCAGAAGCUCAACGCCGGUGACUCCAAUGGCGUCAAAAGUUCCCACGAAUCCUGACUGGGAUGGCAGAGAUCGAGUGACGCCACCCCUUUCUGACCGGGUUCAGCUCUCUAUCCAUUUCGUGAAUGACACUUCCAUUCAAGUCAGCUGGCUCUCUGUCUUUACGGUGAUGGCGUACAAACUCACGUGGGUGAAAAUGGGCCACAGUUUGGUAGGGGGCAUCGUUCAGGAACGCAUCGUCAGUGGUGAGAAGCAGCAUUUGAGCCUGGUGAACCUAGAGCCCAGAUCCACGUAUCGGAUUUGUUUAGUGCCACUGGAUGCUUUUAACUACCGAGCCAUGGAAGACACCAUUUGUUCGGAGGCCACCACCCAUGCCUCCUACCUGAACAAUGGCAGCAACACUGCUUCCAGCCACGAGCAGACGACUUCCCACAGCAUGGGCUCCCCUUUUCUGCUGGCAGGCCUGAUCGGGGGCGCCGUGAUCUUUGUGCUUGUGGUCCUGCUCAGCGUCUUUUGCUGGCACAUGCACAAGAAGGGGCGCUACACUUCCCAGAAGUGGAAAUACAACCGAGGCCGGCGGAAAGAUGACUAUUGUGAGGCAGGCACCAAGAAGGACAACUCCAUCCUGGAGAUGACAGAAACCAGCUUUCAGAUCGUCUCCUUAAAUAACGAUCAGCUCCUUAAAGGAGAUUUCAGACUGCAGCCCAUUUACACCCCAAAUGGGGGCAUUAAUUACACAGACUGCCAUAUCCCCAACAACAUGCGAUACUGCAACAGCAGUGUGCCAGACCUGGAGCACUGCCAUACGUGACAGCCAGAGGGCCAGCGUUCCAAAGGCGGACAGUAAGACUCUCGAGAACACACACGUGUGUGCACAUAAAGACACGCGAAUUACAUUUGAUAAAUGUUACACAGAUGCAUUUGUGCAUUUGAAUACUCUGUAAUUUAUACGGUGUACUAUAUAAUGGGAUUUAAAAAAAAAGUGCUAUCUUUUCUAUUCCAAGUUAAUUACAAACAGUUUUGUAACUCUUUGCUUUUUAAAUCUUAAAAAAAAAAAAUAGUUGCUGAAGUACUGUACAGGGUUGUACGAUGAGAACCCAAUGCCAAGGUGAAAGAACAAGUGAUUCUUCCUCUUGAUAUGUAUUCACAACUUUGCUGUUGAAGCUUCAGAAUAAAUUCCUUUCCUCGAGUUGGCGGUCAGAUGAAAGGGCAGGUUAAGAUAGACUCAUCAGGGUGGCAUAAGUAAUAUGUGUAAAAAAAAAAAAUAAAUGCCCCCAGAUCUCUUCAUGCUAUUUCUAUUCUUCCUGGUCUGGAAGAAAAGUGAAAACUUCUAGAAUAUAUUAGGAAAGGAAGUAGUCACCCUGAUCUGACCCACGACAGGAAAUGUAGGAAGCAUCUCGAGGAAAUCAGUUCCUGUGAGAUAAGUUAACCCAGGCUGGCAGAAUCAAGAACACGAGAUGCGAUCUGAAAAGACCUUAACACCCAGGGGUUGGCUUUCUAACUGGGAACUUGAAGAAUCACGCUUCAUGCUCCCCGGCCCUAUGUGAAACAGAGACCAGAGACUGAUUUCAGUCAUCUUUGGGGGCAGGUAGGAUGUCCCGGCAAGAAAACUCCCUUUAAAAGCAUUACCCUUCAAAUUAUACAUCAGGUUGAAUCACAUUCAACAGAGAUAUAUUCUAGAAUACUUUUUUUAGAAGAGGCUAAUAAAAUAAUGGGAAGAAUUAUAUUGAAUGGAAUUAUUUUUGAUAAUGAGAAUUAUUUGAGUAGAUUCACUGCAGCUAUAUCAACAUGAUAUUUAGACCAACAAGGGAUCCAUGUUUGGAAUAUACUAAACCUGUUAUCGAGAAAUUAUUGAUACCAUUUAGACAUAAGCAAGUGACCAGUGGUUCUGCUAUAUUAUAUCAACUAACUUUUUUAGCAUCAUGUUGAAAUAGCUUGAAUUAAUACCUUUAUCCCCUUGGAAAUUCUUGUCUUCCAAUCACCUCACGUAUAUUUUCAUAAUUAGCUGUUUAUGCUCCAUUUGUUUUUUUCCCCCUCUGCUCAAAAUUCAAAAGAAAAUGAUGGACGCCAGUCUUGGUUGCACAAAAUGUCCACACACACUUUAAGAUGUAUACUAAUUUUCCCUGCUAACAAUUCUGUAAGGACACAUCAAAGCUGGCAAAAUGAUUAUUUUUUUUAAAAAAAGCAAUACCAAGUUUCCACCUUGAACUGUCUUUGAUCCCCUUCCAUGUUUUAAAUUUCAUUUAUUCCUUUUCAACUGUGGAUGUUCCUCUUUUUUUUGGGAAUGGUGGAGGGAUAAUCAAUCAUAUAUUAACAGGAUAACAGAUGGAAAAUGAACAAGUCAGAGAGUGAAGGCCUGUUCCCCUAAUCUCGGCAGGGCAAGGCAUAGAGCAGAGGGCACAGAGAAAAGGGGCAUCCAGGCUUAAUUCUAGAUAUUUUUGAAGCAAUGUCUAUCUUCAGAAAACAUGUAUCAUUUACUCCUUUCUGUCUCUUAGAUGUAGAAGGGCUAUCGAUCACAUACAUACAUACAUACAUACAUACAUUUAAAAAAUACACCCUUGGAAAAUUCUUUUUAAAAUCAAAUUUAAGCAUUUCAUUCUGUGUUACAUAUUUCCUGAGUCACUGGUCAUUAUUUUAGGGACCUAUGAAGUUAAUGUCACAGUCCUUUUGCUUUGUUUUUCUCUGUCCCUCUUACUUUUAACAAAAUAGAACUGUGAUGUGUCUUCUUUGUAAAAGUUUAGGUAUCAAAUGCUAUGCAAGUUUUACUUUAUAGUAAGAGAUUUAUUUUCUUCAAUAAUAUAUCCCCUGCUCAUAUGUUUUAAUCUCCCUUGUCCCUCAGAAUAAACAGAACAUAUAGCUGAAGUUACAAUGUUAUAGAUACAAGAAUCAAAACUGUGCAGUCAAACUGAAAUUAGCUACGAAUUCUUUUGAGUUAAUUCUAAAGUGACUUUGGUUUCCAUUUUAGUCUGUGAGCUGGGUUUGUCUGGGUUGUUGCUUUUUUAAAGCAAGGUCCACGCGGUGAAGAAAUGAGACAAUCUGUGAAGGUGAUCAGCAUAGCAGUAAGCAAUCCAAAUGCAGGACAAUGACAUGGGGCUUUACGUAUUUAACUGGAUAGUUCCUUUCCACUGUCCUUUUCUCCUUGGCUGUGUAGAUAAAAUUAUGUGUUCAAAUGAUGGUACUUUGACUUUGAUUUUUGAGGGUUCUUUCCUUUUAUCCACAAAAUAACCAUUCUCAUUUAUUUGUGUUGUGUGUUUAACCUCCAGCAGGCUAUUUGGCUGCUGAAAACAAACAUCUUUGCUUUACGCCAAGAAGACCAAGGUUGGAGAGGUUUCUAUAGUAUCUUAUAGGAUUCACAGAAUUAUCUGGGGCUUAAGUCCUAUAAUGGAGACCUAGUCAAGUGAAAUGUUUAGGAUGAUCUGAAAUAGUUCCUUUGCUAGAAGGCAUUCCUGAGGAGAUAGACCCUAGUUUAGGCUUAAUUCUGAUCUUGUGCACCACAUGGCAAAGACUGCUAAAAUUAAGAUCAGUCUCCCAUUUGUAAUAGCAUAUCUGGGGCUCUUACCUACACCAGGAUAGAAAGCACAUCAUGAAACUUGUAAAUGUCUUAUGUGUCUUAGGAAAACUGCCGAACAACCAUCAGUGGUGGAUUAUGCUUUGACUGGCAUUUUUGUCAUGAGAAUGUGUUUUGCUGAUAUAUCGACUCGGCUGUCUAUUUUGGACCUCUCUGGCUGUCAUGAUUAUGUUUUUUGAGAUUAGUCAAGAGUCAGAGUUGAAGGUGCAGGACAAGACCAUGAACAAUACUUAUUGGUUUAUCAUGAAAUUGAUGCUGCCUGACCAAAUGAGGUGACUUCAGGUCGUAUGUGACCACUUUCAGAGCGAGGUAACUGUCACUGUGCAGAGGAAAUUCCAAAAGGAAAAGGCACAGCUGCCAUCACACAGAUAUUAUUGAGCGUUCUCAAUACCCGGGGUUGUCAUUAAUAACUUAUUUGUUUGGAGAGAUAUGUUUGAGCAUGCAGCAGCCCUGCACUUCCCUCAAAACUGUAGAAUGCAUUAAUGGCCCAUCGCAUGGGACAAUCAAAGGUAGAAGCAAAAAGGAUGUUCCCCUGCAUAUUUUUCUUGUAUAUGAAGUAGAAAACAUUCUACCUGGUGAGAAAUAAUACAGUUUCUAGUUAUCUGGAUGUUUGUUGAAAAUAUAUUAGAUAUAUUCCCUGAGAUUUAAACAAAACAAAACAAAACAAAACAAAAAACACUAUAACAUGACCAGUCUGGUUAAAAGGGUUGAAUAAAACAGCUAGUAUUAUGGCUCCGUUUCCUACUGCUGCAGAUGUGAAUGGUCUUGGUCAUUCCACAGGAGUCAGAACUUCCUUCCCCACUGAGGAGGAACAGCUUUUCGUGUUGUGAGCAGAGCCUCCACUCCAAACACACGGCAAUGUGGUUGCUAGCCCCAGGGAGCAGGUGGCUUGAUUAGCAAACCUCACCUGCAGAAUCCAUUGCAACUCUCAACAGUGAAGUGAUCCAUUUCCAUUACUACUUUGUUUAUAGCAUUUUUCUCUACUCUAUAAAGGGAAGACAUUGAGUUUCACUGGAGAACGGGAGAAUGAUGGUGUUCCUUGUGACUUCUCCAGCUUUAUGGCAAAGUGGAGCAGAGAAGAGCACCCCCCCCCCAAGGAAAGAGAUCCAUGCACAAGAUACCCCCCAACUCCUUUCAUUGUUAGUCUUGUCCAACCUUGCCUGAUACUCUUUUUUUAAAAUAAAAAUAUUCACGUAGGAAUCAGUAGCUUACCUCCUUCUCCGAUUUCUUCAGUGGGGUUGAAAGACACUUGCUGAUAAUGAAGAAUGCUUAUUAAUGAUGGUGGGGAGAAAGUUUUGUGCAUGUGGGAUACAGUCAUUAUAACAAAAAAAAUCAGAUUCUUUGGCUCUAGUUUUUGUGUUUUCUUUUUCUAGCAGCACACACACCAGAAGAGCACAAAGCAAGACCAUCACAAUAAGUAUUUUUAAGCUAGCAUAAAACACACUCUUGCAUACACACACACACACACACACACACACGCACGCACGCACACACGCACACACGCACCAUACUGGGGCAUUUGUAAAGACAUGCAUAGAAUGUAAGAUUUAGAACUUACAAGGGGAAGGCGUUGCCACUUUGUGUCCUUCCUAGGACCAGUAUGCAUUCACAGAAAGUAAAUCUUGAUUUUUUUGUUGUUUGAGCUAUAUGUUGACUUGCUUCUGGUUUAUGUGUAGUGUGUUCUCACUGGUGGGGGACAGCAAGGGCCUGGAAGAUUCUGCAUCACACCUCCUCUGAGACCCACCGUGAUCACACACUUUGUUGACUACAAACUUCACUCUACACUAUACAGUACUUUGUUGAUAUAUUCAGUAAAGGCUUAUUUUAAAAAGAAACCACAUUGUGUUUAUCUGAGUAAGUUCCUUGGGACGCUGCCAAUCCUUGUUUUGUUCAUGUCAAAGCGAAAUGAGGGCCGUUUCCUGAUGGAGGACGAUGGCAAGAAUGAAGGAGGUAAUGGGAUUUUUCAUUUUCUCUUACCUGGGAGAUGAUGUCUGUGUUUUAAAGCCAUUGGACCCUUUUUGUGGGAAGGGUUUAUAUGAAAUCUUCAUGUUCUUUUCUAUUUCCUGACUCAAUUGUGUGUUCCUGAAUAUCUUUUGAAUAUGCACACAUACAUUGAGCAUAUUAUUUUGUGUUUGUGAAACCUGUGUUGUUUAGAAUAUAGAUAAAUAUCAAUGUAGUUAUCUCAUCAGAAUAAUGUUUUUCCCUAUUUCAUAAUAUAAAUUCUUGGUUUUAAAUGUCAAUUUUCCUUAAGAAUUCUCAUGGUACUUUCUAUUUCAGAAUUGUUUAUAGCUCACGCACUCAUACUUUCAAUGAGCACUCAUGAUAAUGUAUUUAUUCAUAUGCUCAAGUUCAACUUGAGAUUAACCUCCUGAUUUUCCAGAACCCCUUUCUCUAACUCCUCUUGGCCAUUUCACUUACAAUGUAUUUGACAGAAACUGAAUCAGGAAAUAAAAUCAUGACACUUCA